GCCGCGCGAUGAGGCGGUUAGGAAAGGCGGGAAAGUGCCUCUUUGCUAGUUUUCAUUCUGGUCCGUCAUAGGCCUAUAAAAGCUCAUUUGGCCUGGCGGUUGUUACCAUUGUUUGGUUAGACAUCGGGAGAAAUACACUGUAGAAGAUGUCUGGGCGCGGCAAAGGCGGCAAAGGACUUGGGAAGGGAGGCGCCAAAAGGCACCGGAAGGUCCUCCGCGACAACAUCCAGGGGAUCACCAAGCCCGCCAUCCGCCGCCUUGCUCGCCGCGGAGGAGUGAAGCGCAUCUCGGGCUUGAUCUACGAGGAGACCCGCGGGGUGCUGAAGGUCUUCCUGGAGAACGUGAUCCGCGACGCCGUGACUUACACCGAGCACGCCAAGAGGAAGACGGUGACCGCCAUGGAUGUGGUCUACGCCCUCAAGCGCCAGGGGCGCACUCUCUACGGCUUCGGGGGCUGAGGCUUCCGCCGCCAACGACACAGACGCACAAAAGGUCCUUUUAAGGGCCAC